UGGCAUUUGAUAAACACUGAAACCUGAAGAAAACUAGACUAGAGAGAUUCAGAUAAUGUGCUAUCAGCGAUCUGAUGCCAAUCACAUUUUUACUGACUAUGGUUGAGAUGGGUGAUGAGGAUGCAAUACCUGUACCAACAGGGAACUUUGUUGAAGGAUUUGGGCGGGGAAGAGUGGUGCGCGCCAGCAAGGGGGAGAGACCUGAGGGAGCUAUAAGGCUAACUCGAGAUGAAGUAAUGAAAUAUCAGGAUGCCAGAAUUAGAUCUUGGGAACCACAAUCAGAUGUGUGGUUUCACAAGUAUGGCUUUUCAUUUUCAUUGAUAUCUGCAAGUGCAUCCGGAUACUUGAUCAUGGCAUACUUAAGACGGAAGUUCUGUUUGGGAGCGUCACAUGGCAGGAUUGCUAGCUUUGCUCCUGUGAUGGUUCUGCCAGCAGUGGGAGCUGUCAUGAUGAGUGAUGUACAAAGGCGAACACUUUUAUCAGUGCCCAACUGUGAAACAUGUGUUAAAGUUCGAUCAGGAGUUUACCAAACAGUGUGCUCAAUGUUAUAUCCAACCUUGUUGUCACCGAUCUUGUGUGUGUAUUUCUCCCGGAAAUUUAUGACUUAUGCCACUCCAGGGGCAAAUUUUCAGCCCAAUAUGUUAUAUGCCUUGAAGACAACACCAAGUAAAUAUGUUAACAUUUUUUUGUUGAUGUGUGUGCUUCAGUUUUCCUUAGGAUAUACUCUGACUGAUAAACAAGCUGUUGAGGUUGAUGUUAUAACGGAGAAAGAGGCCCAUAGGGCAGCUGUGAACAUUCUUGAUCAUCUAGACGAGGAUCUUUGAUGAAAGGACUUUAUUAGAUGAUUGCUUUUAUAACAAAUUGCUUGAAUUUGUUUAACAGUUACAUUAUUUUUUAGCAAUGAAAUAUGUCAGUAGUAAUAUAAAUACAUAGAGUUGCAUGAUAAUAUGUGUUCUUUUAACAUUGACACUUGUGAAUGACUUUAAAGAAAUUUCAAAUGGUUUUCUACAUAAUGUGUGGGUUAAAAACCAUCAAUAUCAAUAAUCAGUUGCACUUAAUAUAAGGAAAUUAUAUGCAGCUUUUGUUUUGGCAUUUGAAAAUGGAAAUAAUAUGUCCAUUUAUGUUGAGACAUAACCACGCAUUAGUGCCGAUAGUUGGUUAAGCUUUCACAUCUACAUGUGUAGUAAAAAUAUAUUGAAGCGGACUAAGUCAGAUAUAUCGAGGAAAAUAGUUCUGGCUGCCCGGAAAUAAAAAUAGUGCAGUUGUUAGAGCCAGGACCAGGUAUAACAGAAUACAACAUUUUUGUUUUGAAACUUUUUCAAAAAAGGUGUUGAAAUUAAAUAGGCUGUUCUUUAUACUAGAGGAUGUUCUGUUUUGGCUUUAUCAUCAAACACAUGUGUAGGUAAUUUAUUGGGCUAUAUAAGAGUAAAUGGUUAUACAACGAUAUGGCAACAUACAUUUUUUCUUUAUGCAAGUAUAAUUUUGUAACAAAACGAAGCAAAUAGAUGUGCUCUUUUUCAGCAGGAAACAAAUCGGAACUAAAUGUUCUUAUUUAAGAGCAAUAACAAUGCACCUAGGAGAGACUCGGACUAACUAAUAAGUUUAUGUUGCUAAAUAUAAUAUUUCUUUAAAGAAAUAGUCACAGUUUCAACAAGAAUGAUAUCGAUAAAAUGUUCACCGGACAAUAAAUGUAUUUAUGAAUAGUUUAUGAAAAUCAAUUUAUGUCUGUGUCGACCUCUCUCUCAUCCACGUCUGAAUAUUUUGACUAGCUGGGGGACUCUUGUAAAAUUCAUGAUACUCAAUUGGUAUUUGAUCCUUCCUGCACAUUUAUGCGUUGUGGAAAUCACUCAUAUGUUCAAAGG